AUGGCACCAAGAUCUCGAAAAAACCUUGUGUCAAACUUCAACUUGAUGGUCGUUGGCUUCUCUGGUGUAGGUAAGACAUCUUUUGUUCGCACCUUGCUAGAAACACUUCAACUUGAGGAAGUCGCACAGCAAGAAGCUUCUCCAACAACUCCAACAAAAAAGAAGAGGCGUGAUUCAUUCAUGAGUGAAAACUCGGCUAUCAUCGUACAUGAAGAGUUACAAGGUCCGAUCGAAAAAACCUUGCAGCCUUAUACCAUUUCAAGGGAAAUAGACGUUGAUAAGAAAGAGCGUAUUGUUUUGACCAUCAUAGAUACGCCGGGUUUUAGCGCAGAAUACUUGGUUGACAAACAGCUGCACGACAUUAUAAAAUACAUUGAACACCAAUUUGAUUUAACCUUGGCAGAGGAAAGCAAAGUAAAACGUAAUCCUAAGGCAGUGGAUACCCAAGUUCAUUGUUGUCUUUACUUUAUUGAUCCAAAGAAAUCAGCUCUAGACGAAUUUGAUAUUCGUAUUCUCAGAAGAUUGUCUAACCGUGUCAAUGUUAUUCCCAUUAUUGGAAAAGCAGACAACCUGACACUCGCUCAAAGAAACCGAUUAAAGCCCUCCAUCAUCAAAGACAUUUAUACCACUCAUAAGAUUCCUAUUUAUGGCAUGCCUGAAGAUGAAGAGGACGACGAAGACGAAGAGAAUGAACCCACUAAAAAAGAAGACAAACCACAAACAUUAGAAAACUUCUUAUCUCAGUUCAAUUACGAGCAAGAAGACGCAGAUACGCAACAAAUUCUUGACUACUUGAAUCUAGUUCCUUUUACCUUUAUUGCUUAUGAAGACCAACCAGAGACUGGUAAUCCUAUCCAAAUGACAACGAACACUAACAUCAAAUUGGGCCGUGAUUUUGGUUGGGGAACAAUUGAUUGUUUAAGUGAAAAAUACAGUGAUUUUGUCAAACUCAAACACAUUGUAUUAUCAAGUCAUCGACGAUUUUUGCAGCUUGACACUGUGGAAAGAUACUAUGAACAGUAUCGUACAGAAAGAUUGAUGUACAAAAGAGCCACUAAGAUUGGCUUAACAUCUCCUCAAGUCUAA